AUGAUGUCGGCAGACCUCCCUCGAUACUUCUCGCCCAAGCGAAAGCGAGAGCCUUCUGAGUCUGACUUCUACAGCCCAUCAGCAUCUCCCACAUCUACAGUAUCCGCCUGUAGUCUACAAGAGGCUCGGCUUCGCGAGGACAUUGAGCUUGGACGACAAAGCCCUCGAGCGGCAGUGACAGGGCGGUUUGGAGAAUUGGCCAUCCGAGGAGACCGUUUCCCAGAGCCGCUACUACAGCGCGACUUCCACCAAGAACCCACUCCACAGUCCUCGCAGGAAAAAUGUCCACCCGAAAGCCACCUCUAUACGAACACUAUGCCGGAAACCUUAUCGACCCAUAACGCCGAGCUACGUGAAGUUCGAGGCCACCAGCCGCCGACCGAACAGUCGACUGAGAUUUCAACAGAGAGCGCCUUGGCUCCCACAACACUAUCGCCUUCUAAAAACAACUCUGCGCCGUCACCUCGAAAACAACACACUCCCAUAUCACCUUCCAAGAACCGAAAACAACGACGAUCACCCCCUCUCGCAGAUGUCUCAUCGAAAUAUUCCAUGACAUGGCAUGAUGAUGAGAUAACGGGUCAUAAUCCUACAGACCCGACCGAUGACGGUUAUGGGAUCAAUGGCGUGGGAUUUAAACCUACAGCGGCCAUGGCGGCGGCUCGGUCCCAUAAACGACAGAAACAAGUCGCCGAGUGGAAGACGCGCGAAGCACGAGACGCUCGCGAGAAGCGACGAGCACGGAGGAACGAAGACAUUGCCUUGGAGAAGAUUCACCGUGUACACCACGGCGCCAUUCAGAAGCGAGUCAAAUUUGACAUUUAA